GGUUGGGGAUGGACCGGUUGCCGUGGAAACGGACUUCUACUAUCCCAUCAUUGAGCUGAUGUGCAAGAAACAAAUUGGACUGAUGCAAAAGAAAAACCCCUCUGAACAGAGCAUCUGACUCACUGUGUAUUUUUCUGGAGGUUUGUGUUUCUUUGCGGAGUGACCGCUGAAUCAGAGAUAUGUCUGGGAACAAAACACCCCGCGAAAAGCUUCCGGACUCUGAUCCAGAGGACUCAUCAGAGGAGCUGACGGAGGUGGUGUGUCUAGAGUCAGACCUUAAAGAUGGACAGAUGAUGGAGGUGGAUGUGGGAAAUCACAGUGUGCUGUUGACACGCAGUGAAGGCAGAUACAGUGCCAUUGGUCACCAGUGUACACACUAUGGAGCUCCACUCAGCAAAGGAUUUAUUUCAGGUAACACAGUGCGCUGCCCGUGGCAUGGAGCCUGUUUUAACAUCCAUACAGGGGACCUGGAGGAGUUCCCCGGCAUGGACUGUUUACCCUGCCACAAGGUCAAAAUUCAAAACAAAAAAGUAUACGUGACUAUUAACAAAAAGACCCUCAGGCAGGAAAAAAGAGUAAAGAGUAUGGGGGCUUUAGUACCAGGAGUUAAUCACACUGUGCUGUUGCUGGGAGGAGGAGCUGCGUCACUGAUCUGCGCUGAGACUCUGCGGCAGGAACACUUUGGAGGCAGAAUCAUCAUGGUCACCAGAGACGAACUUUUACCUUACGACAAAACACGACUCAGCAAGGUAAUGAAUGUGCAGAGUGACAGUAUUCUGCUGAGGAAGAUGGAGUUCUACCAUCAAUACGACAUCGAAGUGUGGCUCAGGAAAGAAGCAGUGUCACUGGACACAGACAAGAAGACAGUCACAUUUGAUGAUGGUUUAGUCCAGAGCUAUGACCAGCUCCUCAUCUCAACAGGCUGCAGAGCGAAGAGUCUGGCUGUGCCUGGCAUGAAGUUGGACAACAUCAAGAUGCUAGAGACACCAGAGGACGCUCGGCAAAUACACGCAGCCUGUCUGGGUCACAACGUCGUCCUCGUGGGAACUUCUUUUGUCGGUAUGGAAGUUGCAUCUUAUUUAAUUAACAAAGCCUCCAGUAUCACAGUGGUCGGCAGCAGUGAGCUGCCGUACCAGAACACACUGGGACGGGAAGUUGGCAAAGUCACCAUGAUAAUGCUGUCAGAGAAAAAUGUGAAGUUCUACAUGAAUGAUAAUGUGACGGAGAUCAAAGGUGUGGAUGGCAAGGUGAAGGAGGUUGUGCUUAAAAGUGGAAAAGUUAUUCCGGCAGAUGUAUUGAUUGUUGGUAUUGGCAUCAAAGCGAAUUCUGAGUUUCUGCUGAGCAGCAAAAUACGGCUGGACCCAAAAAACUUUGUGACAGUCGACAAGAACAUGCGCACCAACAUCCCCAGUGUGUACUGUGGUGGUGACCUGGCCACCUUCCCUCUGGCGAUGGCCAAAAACCGCAUGGUCAACAUCGGACACUGGCAGAUGGCACAAGCACACGGGAGGAUAGCAGCUUUGAACAUGCUGGAUAAACCGACUGAACUCAACUCAGUUCCUUUCUACUGGACCGUCCUACUGGGUAAAACCAUCCGAUAUGCAGGUCGGCAAGUAUUAUCAUGCUAUGGGGAGGGAUACACCGACAUUGUAAUAAAAGGAAAAUUUGAAGAUAAGAAGUUCCUGGCAUUGUACAUGAAGAAUGAUGAGGUCAUAGCAGCAGUGAGCCUGAACUAUGACCCUGCGGUGUCUGCAGUAGCCGAGAGGUUCGCAGCAGGAAAAGUCAUCACGAGGGAAGAGGCUGAAUCAGAUGACCUGAGCUGGCUGCAGGUGCCUCGUUCCACACUAUCCGCCCCUCUUCCUCUCAACACGUCAUCUUUACAAUGUUGACAUGUAGCCAGAACGUCAUUCAUCUGUCUCUUUGUCAGCACCACUCUCCCCAAGGACAGAGAGUAAGAAGAGCUGGAUCCAUGCGUUUGUACCAGGAGAGAAAUACAAUCCAACAACCCACAGUGAAGUUUAUAUUCACAGUGUUAAAGUAUUUGAUUUAAACUGUAUAUGUCAGGUGAGGGGGACUCCACCAUGCAAACAACAGAUACCUCAGAUGGAUGCAGCUUUUAGGACUUAUUUUAUAAUCUUUUUUUCUUUUUUAAUUUGUUGUUAUUACAGUAUUUCUUUCGAGUUUUUAUUUUAUUUCAUGGUCUGCGAGGGUAUUUCAGUGACAGUCCAGAGACAUCACAUUCAAGAUGCCUCACUAAGUGUUCGCUUAUACAUCAAUGAAAUGUAUUAUCGAUAAAAGGCCUUUUACUUGGCUGCUGGAUAAACACAAGUGGCCUUAAUGCGGCAGUGUACGUGGUCAGGUCAGUGAGUCUGAGGGGGGAUUAUGAAAACAGAGGGCGAGUGCCCAUCUCUUUGAAGCAGAGAUGCUGAAAUAAGCAGCGGUAACAAAACACACCAACAGAGAACAAAAGGCCUUUGACAGACAGAACACAAAUGCAGUGUGACAAAACCUUCACAAAAGAAAUGCUGCGUUUCUCCCUCUCUGUCUCUCUGCUGGUUUAUCCCUGUCUUUACUUCGAACCUCCACAUUCACUUUUAGACUACAUUUCAACUUCCUGUUUCCAGCAUGCAUCAGUUAACCCCAGGGUUCAACAGGUGCAGACUUGAGGCCAACAGGUCAUAAUUUGUACUUAUGUUUUAAGUAAAAGAUUUGAAACUUUAAGUUUUUUUUUUAAUAUAAUGCAUUUACAGAAUUAUACUGUAGAAGUACCAACUCAAAAUGUUAAUGUAUUUACCAGCGAAAUAUUUAAGCCUUAUUUUGCAUCCAAACACAUUUUAAUAAGUAAUUUAGCAUAUUAAGGAACAUAUCAGCCUUGUUCUCUUAAGCAACCUCUUCAUGCUGAAUACCAAUCCUCUUGUUAGCAACUGCUUUGUUAUCAAUUCAAAGUGAACCCUGACGCCCCGUUGAACAUAACCGGAAUGUACUUUUCAUUUAAACUCUUUUGUCUUGUGUUAAACAUUGUUUAUGCAUUAAAAAAAAAUCUCAGGCA